CGUCAGCCGUUCCCUAUGUAAACAAUGGUUAAGCUCUCUUGUACAGUACGUGAAUAUGGUUAAUUGUGACUUAGUAAACUACCAGACACACGAGAAUAUUAACCAUGGACCUGUUUCUCUUGAGGUUGGGCACUGGAGAGAAGUACACCUUAAAUCCCGAUAAAAAACGAUUUCUGAUUGGCCGCAACAAUUCAUGUGACUUCACUUUCACAAGUCCUCACAUCUCCAGAAAACAUUGUGAGAUCCUACGUGUUCCUCCUCGUGGCACACUUAUCAUUAAAAAUCUCAAGGGCAGCAACACUACCUACAUUGAUGAAUUGCAGCUCAAGAGUGUUGAUAACUUUGCAGAACUUCGAAUUGGAUGUAAGAUAGGGUUAGGUGUUCCUCUUUCCCAAACCCAGGGUGAUGGGGUGAAAAAUGAUAAAUUUGUCUUUCUACGGCUCUGUGAUGCUCAGGCCGAAGAGCAGUCAUAUGUUCCUUGUGCAGAGAAGGACACUGGCACAGAAGCCAGCUACACCUAUCUGCAGAAGGAGGGAGAGUUGUACUCAGAUAAUGAGAAACUGCAGCAACAUCUUGCUGACCUCUCAUACAGUGGCCCAUCUGCUGCAGUUCAAGAUUCUAUACCACAUGCUGAUCCUCAGAAAUGUGGUCCUGCCCAGCAAGCUGGACCCCAGAAUCAAACUAUGCCCGGUGUGCGUCUCACUCCACAACCUGGACCAGCCAGGCAAGCUAUCCAAGAAUUGCCAGGAUUGUUAAAUCUCUUGAAGUCUCAUACAAAUGUCACAUCUGACAGUGCUCCAACCUCAUUGCUUCAAAAUACAGAUACAAAGCCAUUUACUUCAACUCCACUGCCGCAGGUUAUUCACCCAAUACCUCCAUUGCAGAAAUUACACCCAUCAACAUAUCAGUCUUUGUCUUGGGCCCAAAAUAGAAUCCAAGAACCUUUAUCAGAAUUGCACUUGCAAAGUACUUACAAUGAAGACCAUAGUCAUACAGACAGACAGAGAUUACACAGUGUUAACACACCAUCUGCUGCACCUAACAAUGUGCAGCCAGCAAAAACGUUUGGAGGUGCUCCAUACAAGUCAGAACUAUGGGAAAAAGUUGAUGCACUUAAAGCAACCCACUCAGAAUAUAAUCCCCAGCCAGGAUUAUGCCAAGUUCAAAGGGACCAACAGGUGUGUGAGACCAGUCAUGGACCUUGUAAACGAAUUUUGAGCAAAAAAGAUCAUGAUGAGAGUGUCCCAGGGAAGCUGCAGAGGCUGGGAGCAGUGUAUGGAGAUUAUGUUGGAACAUCCCAGCAAAAUAAUUCUAAACAAAUUAAUUUAUUAAAUUCACAACUGAAAGAAGGUGGAGCUGAUCCAUCUCAGCUUCAGGUAUUCAACAGAUCUGCCUUGGGCGAAUAUACGCAAACUCAAAAACCUGAUAAUAAGUCUCGACACCAAGGGGAAGGGCCAGGAGCUGUAAUGUGUGAACACUCAUUAGGAAUGGAACAUUUAGGUAAUACCCACAGUAGUGAUCAUCAUCAAUCAGUACCCCUGAUGCUUAGUUCUUCAGUGGAAAAAAGACUACAGUCUCCUAUGGAGGAUGGUAACCAACAAGAAAAGGUGUCUGUUUCAGUGGAGGCUCCUCAGUCAGUCUGUUCUCUUUUGACUGAAUCUGGAUCUUCUCAAAGUCCUUCCAGGAUAUUUUCCCAAUUCAAACAAACUUCAGAAGAUUCAAGAGUCGCAUUAUCACUGAAUAAAGAUUUAGCACCUUUGGUUCAUGUUUCAAAUUGGAAGCAAAUUCGUAGACAUUCCAGGGAUGUACUUCCACAAAGCGUAAUUCCUGAUGACUCCCAAAUUGAACAUACAUCGCAACAUGGAAAUGGUUUACAGACCACUAAAACUUCUGAAGAAUUUAAUUUAAUUAUACAACAGAGUUCCUCUAAGCUAAAGGUCAUCUCUGAGAAAAAAUUAGCCUUGAAUUGUAGUAAUAUAGAUCAAACUACAAAGGUUCAACAGUUUUCCAGUAGUACAAGAAGAGAUUCAAUGACAGACAAAUUAGUCUCUUCAAAUGUUAGUUCUUGUAAUAUUGAUCCAAACUGUAAACAAAGUGUUGUAGACUCAUGUGACAAACAAGAUGCUGCUCAAUUGAAUAUGUCACUUGAACAGCAAGCAGUAGUAACCCAGGAGAAACAAAGGGAUCUUUUCAACAAGAGUCCUGUAUUUACCAGGAAAGAUAACAAACAUUACAUCAUAGAGGAUAAUAACAAACAAACUAACAGAAAUUUAGCAGCUCUCCCACUUGGCUCUCAACAGUUUUCAAAUGUGGACACAAGAUCAAAAGAAAGCUGUAAUCCAGCUGAUGGUUUAGUUUCACCUUGUAGUAUUGACCUUACUCAGACAGACCCAGAACACACUGAAGAGAGUGAUAAUGCUAGUGAUGAUAACAUUGAAAAUUGGAUACAUAAUAAAGAUAAACAUGUGAAGUAUGAAAAUGUAGAUGAUAUUGUGUUCAUUUGUGAUUCCAAAGAGGAUUCUUCUUCGGUGGAAAAUCAAAAUUUCUCUGGCAAGAGGAAUAUAACUAUUCAUGAGGAAAUAAAUGUUGAUGAUGAUUCAAAUAAAGGUCAGCAUAGUGAGUCAAUAAAGUCAGAGAGUGAUGUGCAAGUGGUUGACUUGGGCAGUACUUGCGAUUCUGAGUUACUGUUGCAGCACAGGAAAACUAAGAAAAGAAGUUUAGUCAUUAACUCUGAUUCCAGUUCUGAUUCUUUUUCUGUGGAAAAGAAAGAUUUCUCUGGAAAGAGGAAGAGAAGUAUUCAUGAGGAAAUAUAUGUUGAUUUUUGUGAUAUUGAUUCAAAUAAAGGUCAUCAUAGUAAGUCAAUAAAGUCAGAGAGUGAUGUGCAAGUGGUUGAUUUAAUCAGUACUUGUGAUUCUGAGUUACUGUUGCAGCACAGGAAAACUAAGAAAAGGAGAAGUUUAGUCAUUGACUCUGACAGUAAUUCCAGUAAUGAGGCAGACAUUAAUUCCAAAACUCUGUCCUCACGUGAACCAGUUGUCUUUCCGUCACUUUUAGAAGACUGCCUAUAUAGAAAAUGUGUUGUUGCUGUGGAAAGAGUACCUUAUCCUGGCAUAUAUGAUGUGGAUACAGUUAAAACUAGCAUGGUUAUUAAAUCACCUAACUUAACUGUUAACUGUCCAUUGUCACAGACAAGCUCCCACUUUAAUGAAACAUGUGUAAACACCCCAGUACAAAAGUCUUACCUCACACAUGAUGACGACGAUGAUGAAUUGCCUGACAUAGAUAUUUUUUCUGUACCAAAGAAGAUUUUAUCUUGUUCACCUUUGUUGUCAGGUUCUUCAGAGUGUAAAGAAUUAAAAAAACAUAAAGAAAAUAAAUCUAUAAACUUAGUAAAAGGAAGUCAAGGAAAAGACAAAGAGGAUGUAACAGACAGUAAGAAACAUAUAACUGGAAGAAAACACAGACAAUCGGACUCAUAUGACAGUUCUGACACUAAACAGGACAAAGAUGUGCAUAAGUAUAAGAAGCAAACUCUGUGUUCAACGAGAGACAUCCCAGAAAAGAAGAAUCCUUCAACAAUGGGAACUGAGAAAAAUGAUCCUCCGAGUGAUAAGGGCUACAGUAAAAGUCAUUCUGUAUUGAGUUGUACUAGUACAGGUACCGGUAUUGAUAAUAUAUCUGAAAAUUUGUCUAUGCCUUCUGUGUCUAGAAAGACAAAAAUUAGUGAAUCUGAACCAACAGUAUUGAGGACACGUGGUGAGCAAGAUGCUGUAUCGGAUGCGACCUGCCCUAAUGUCUUUGACAAAUCCAAACUGCUUCUAAAUGUUGCAAUAAAACAAGAAAAAACAGAGGAAGCGCAGGUGAAGGAUAUUAAAAUAAAGAAAGAGAAAGGUGAGGAGGAUGGUGUGCUUAUAAAGAAAGAGAAAGGUGAGGAGGAUGGUGUGCUUAUAAAGAAAGAGUUUGACCAAAAUCUUAAUGCAGUGGAUGAAGAUGGCGAUAAUGAUGGUGUCAUUUUCAUGUAUUCACAAGUGGAUGAAACUAUCUGGGUGUCAAGUGACGAAGAGGAAUCUCCAUCACAGAAUGACAUCUCUUUUGGUCCCUUACCUCGAAGCCCUGACUUGGAUAUUGAUGAACUGUUUAGAGAAGAUGAAGAACAGAAAUUAAGACAGAAUGCUUCAGGCAUCUCAACAAAUAGUACACCAGAGGAGGCUGUGACUGAUGACCAAUGGUUCCCUAUUCUGUCUCAGUCCUUCUUUGAUGAUGACGAUGACUUUGUUAAUCAGCCUGUUGAAUCUGCUAAAGGCCCAGCACUUCCUGAACCUUUACCAGGCCCCAGUGGAUUAAAUGAAAUGACUGAAGACAAUGAUGAAAGUAUUGGUGAAUGGUGGCCAGAACUUUCACAGCAAUUUUUUGAUGAUGAUCUUGACAACAGUAAGAUACAUGGUGCAUCUAAAAGUGAUGUUACACUUUCAGGUAGCUCCAAGAACCUUGAUACUGUUAUUGAAAAACUAAGAAAUACAAACAAACGAAGAAGCCAACUAACAGACCCUAAAUUGCCACCUACACGUACAAAAAGUGACAACCUCAGGAGAAGAGGGAAAAGCUGCCAAGAAUUUUAUGGAAAACACUAUCGAUACAAUGAGGAUAAUUUAUUGAGCACUGCUGAUAGGAGGGAUGAAACUGGGGUUAGAGGUGAAAGGAUUUCAAGGGAAAGAAAAUCUAGGAAGGACUCUAGCUGGAAAAGAGUGAUUACUCCACCUCAGAAACAGAAAUGCAAGAAAGGUUCUGCUUUAAGGGCUAAUUUAACUUCUAAAUUUAAUCUUGUUUCCUAUAAAGCAACAGUGGAACAUAAACCUAGGGAAAAACAUCAUCUUGUUCCCAAAAUAAAAGUUGAAAACAAAGAGAAAAAAGUUGAAGAGAAGCAAAAAGAAGCACACCAAAAGAAAAGGGAAGCACACCAAAAGAAAUCUCACUUGGUAACUGAUCGGCCACGUGCUGGUGAAAAUAUUUCCAUCCAGAAGAAAACCGAACGAAAAGAUUCCGGGAACCAAGAAAAGCCUCGACCGAAGGUGGCAGCCAAGGUUACUAAAAAAACUCGCUCCGAGAGGCUAAUUGAUGUAGAUCUUUUUACAGCUCUUGCAGUGCCAACACCAAAGCCCCAAAAACUGUCUUUCAAAAUCCCCAAAAACUGUGAUAAGACUGUUGACAAAAUGAUUAAAUCAUUGUCUGGUAGUGUUAGUGCACCCAGCACCUCAGUAGGCAGUUCUCUUGUGUUAGUUAAGCCUAGUGCAGGAGAGCUGGAUACCAAUCCACCUCCAAGGGUGGAACCAGAAAUGCGUGUUGGUACUGAAAAUAUUGACGGGGAUACCACAUUGUUGCUGCAGCCACCAGUACUUAAAGAGCAAAUUGUUAAUAAGAGUGAAAAAGAACAAAAAGGUAUUUUAAAAUUUAUUGCAAUAAGUGGUAGUACACAGAAGAAAAAAGUGCAUUUUCCUACAAGGUUGGAGGAUCUUGUAGACACAUUACAUAUAUCGCCUCGUAAAAACCAUGAGAGGACUGGGGCUCUCGAAGUGAAAGCACGAGAAGUGUUGCCCAUGGAAGUUGUGUUGCAAAAGUAUCACAUUUCUUCAAACUAUAUGGACCAAUUCAUACAUCAUAUCUGUAGAUGGAAUUAUGACUGGCUGGAGGUUUACCGAGCUGGACAGGUGAAACAAGAAACAAGUGGGAAAGGUAGUGCACUACGUCCACCACCAGUAGCUCUAAACACCAACUACCCAACCCUGAUACUUUAUAACUCCUACAGUGAUUACAAGGAAAUAUUCAGCAAUCUUAUGUAUUUAGAGAUUUGGGAGAGUGUUUAUCAAGAUUGGCUAAAGUACAAGCAGUCCAAUGUGUGGCUUCCCACACAAAUUGAUGUUUUUCAUCCAGACUUUAUUGAAAUUGGAACAGGCUCUCUAAAGUUUUGGAAACUCAAGAUGUUUACAUUAAUCACUCAAGAUCAGAGCUUUAAAGGUCAACAUCCCAGACAGGGGAGUCUCAUUUCUCUCAGGAUCCAAGAGGGGGCCAAAAAGAUCCACAUCUUUGGUCAUGUGGACCAUUUUAUGAAACACCGGAAAGUCAUGGUAACAAAAGAACUGCAGCAAGCGUGUCCAAAUGGUGAAGUGUGUCUUAUGAUGGGGGUGAGGGUUACCAAGGAUGUUAUACAGAAAGCUACAAAUGGAAAACUUAUUAUGAUCAGUAAUGUUUCUUACAUUCGGCCAAGCACUCGUAUGUGGGAAGGCUUGUGUAAACUACCUCUGUCUCCACUUUGUGAAGAUAUCCUUCAACCAAGCAAAGAUGUGUUCAUGGGUGAUCGUAUGUUCGACCAGUAUCUGGUUAAUGGACUUCAUCUUAAUGAUGUACAGAAGAAGGCAGUUGUGGAAGUAAGUAAUAAAUGUGUUUCCAAUUACCACAUUCCAAAGAUGAGCUUGAUACAUGGGCCGCCAGGCACAGGUAAAACACGCACCAUCGUAGGACUUAUUGCCCAAAUGGUUCAGUUGUGUUGUGAAAACGGGCUGCCCGUUUGCCGUAUUUUGUUGUGCGCCCCAUCUAAUGCGGCUGUUGAUGAGCUGACUUUGAGGCUUAUCAGGCUACGGGAGAUUGGCAUAUGUUUACGUGUUGUAAGAGUUUGUUCCAGGGAGGUUAUCAACCCAGAAAUUAAAAAUUGCACUUUAGAUUCCUUUGUGGAAAAACAAAUCAAAGUUGAACUUUCAACUCCCCAAAAUCCUUCCACCAAGCAAGAAUGGGAGAGGAGGAAGGCCAUUGUGGAAGAGGCUGCCACCAGUCUCCAAAAUGCCAUGAAGGGAAACAGAAGCAAAGAGGAAAUCAGACAGAUGGAAAUUCGCCUCACUGAGUUAGUUCGAUCUAGAACUGAUUUUGAGAGAAGUUUUCAUACACAGCCAACUGCACAAGAAAAGCAUCAGCUGCAACAGAAGUGGCAGCAAAAAAUUCUUCUCAAUGCAGAAGUCAUAACAACUACUCUUGGAGGUUGUUUAUCUGGAAUUAUGUCUGAUGUGUUUUGUAAAAAGCCAAAUAAUUUUACUUGCUGUAUCAUUGAUGAAGCAGGACAGUGCAAGGAAACAGAAACGUGGCUACCACUUCUACUUGGAGUCCGUAAACUGGUUCUGGUUGGAGAUCAUCGGCAGCUCCCAGCUACAGUAUUAUCUCGCCUGGCUCAGGUCAAGAAUCUCAAGCAGUCAUUGUUUGAACGGUUGUAUCAUCGCUUUGUUAUUGAACUUCAAUUGGACAGUUGUGUACACACUCUAAGUAUACAAUAUCGAAUGCAUCCAGAGAUUGCUAUGUGGCCAUCUCUUCACUUCUACUCGGGAAGGCUCACCACUAGUGCUGACAUCAUUCAGGAGCGUACCAGCGACCUCAAGCCAUAUGUGGUAUUUGAUUUGAAGACAUCACAAGAACAAAGAGAUCAGAACCAUGAAUUGUAUAAUCCAAAAGAGGCAGCACUUGUUCGCUGCAUCAUCGAGACAUUGGAGCCACAAAUUGGAAAACAAAAAAUCGGAAUCAUUACUCCAUACCAAAGACAAAAGAUCCUCCUUGAGGGAGAACUUGCAAAAUUCUUUGGUCGAAUGAAUAUUGUUAUAAAUACAAUUGAUGCUUUUCAGGGCCAAGAGCGUGACAUCAUCAUUCUAUCUUUUGUACGCGCCAACUCAACUGCGAACAUCGGGUUUCUCUCUCAUCGUCAACGCUUAAAUGUUGCCCUCACAAGGGCAAGGAAGUGCUGUUACAUUGUGACAAGCCUUUCUUCAUUCUCAGGGAAUCAGGACUGGCUGUCACUUAUCAAAAAUGCAGAGAGUCGAGGACUGGUUCAUGCCAUAACAAAUGAACAAAAACAGGACAAAAAUUAUAUAAUUAAUAUUUUACAGAAAUAAGUUGUUCAGUGUAUUGAUUUUGUUAAAUAUAACCCUCAUGUCAAAAGUUGAUAAUUUUGUACUGUGUUAUAUGAUGUGUACAACAUUUUAUUGUUUUAUAACCCUUCAAUCUCAUGUUCUGUAACCGUCAUUUCCACAGGUUGCAGACCAGGUUCACCUGUAACAUUGAUGGCUGGUACAAGUCAAACAAUUAGUAAAACUCUUCUGUCACUUGCUUAGGUAGUCCUUAAAAGAGGUUUUGGAAGCAAAAGUUCCCCCUGAAGGUUAAGAUGUGAAUAAGUCUUGGUGCCAAUGUAGUUUACACAACCUAAUUUUCAUUUUUGUAUCAUCUGCCAUAUUGGAUUUCCAGUAUAUGAGCUUCAGUCCAGCCAUGACCUUCAAUCAAUAACAUUCAGUAUAUUGACAGCUUUGUUUACUUACAUAGAACAAAGUGUAUUAUCCCUAUAUAUUUAGCAAUGGUGGAAGUAUUACUGCACUGCCACACACAGUUCCUGCAUUAUUAGUACAGUAUAGUUAACAUAAUAUAGACUGUUCACUUUAAGUUCUAAAAAUAAUUUCAGUUAGCUUAUUGGCAGGUGGAAAUUAACACUAACAGUAUACAUAACUUGGCAUUUUCUUGAAAGAAAGUUUUUGUGAACCGGAUGACUGUCUGGCUUCUGUGGAUUGAAAUAGAUGGUAUCAAGUUUCACUAUUCCCCUCAAUUGCUUCUGUGUUGCAAGUCAUACAGUUCAACAGGAUACUGUACUGAUAACUCUUUUUUUUGACCUUGCAAGAAUUAGUUUACUAUCCUUCAGCUGUCCCUGGCUCCUAUUCAGACUCCCUCACCUAAGUUUGUAAAUUUAUGAUAUGUGGAUUUUCUAGAUUUCACUAGUUCGUUUGGUAAAGGUUUUGGUGUGCAUUAUUCUCCAAGUGUCGAUUUUCCUGAAUUUGAAGAUUGGUAUUCUUUUUUACCAACUGGUAUUUUGAUGUAUAUCUGGCUCCAGUGGGGUUUCUUAUGCUAAGAGUUUCUGUGCCUCUCAUUCUUAUAGUCACUGGAAAACUCGGACAACACCAAGGAACUGCAAAGCCUUGGGGAGUUCUACUAUCACUUUAACUGUCUCUUAAGGUGGUGUGUAAGGGAAUAGCCCGGUUAUUUCAGAGGAUGUGUUCCUAAAUGUCAUUGCGAAUAUCGGGGCAAUUUUCUUCGAAAGAAUUUAUGUAUAUAGGGGGGAUGCAUUCCCAGCUGGCAACUUUCACUACAUAUUUUUCGUGUGUAUAUUAUAGUACCAGUAAAUGUGAGGAAUAUGUCAAAAUUAUACUAAUAAAUAAAAUAAAGGAAAAAGAAAACCUCAUUGCCAAUUGGCAACCGUUUCACUAUGAGACUGGAGUGGCUGAGAUCUCCACCACCACUUCCUCCUCCCACAAUCUGGUAAUGCAGGGGAAUGAUAGGUGAUAGGGGGGAAACGCUACAUAAACAGUAAACAGUGCGGCGCUUAUGUAUACUACUGUAAUUUGGUCACAUACAAAAUAAAGAAUAAAUUUUAA